AUGGCACCCAAAAAGGCCGACCAGCCUAAGAAGAAGACGAAGACCGUCGAUGACAAGACAUUUGAAAAAGGAGGAGCGGCCAAGAGACAAAUCACUCAGUUGAACGCGCAAGCUGCAUCCAACAAAAAUCCCGAUGAGAAGAAAAAGGCUGCCGAGAAGGCCGCGCGCGAGGCCGAGAAGAGAGCUGAAGAACUCGCCAAGAAGGAAGCCGCAGAGCUGUUCAAGCCCGUUCAGGUACAGAAGGUUCCCUUCGGUGUUGACCCGAAGACUGUUCUCUGCAUGUUCCACAAGAAGGGUGGAUGCGAGAAGGGUAAGAAGUGCAAGUUCAGUCACGACAUGAACAUUGAGCGCAAGGCCGCCAAGAAGGAUCUGUACACCGACUCCCGCGAGGGCGAAGGUGAAGGCCAAGGCGAAGAGGACACUAAAAAGGCCGAUACUAUGGACAACUGGGACGAAGAGAAGUUGCGCAGUGUCGUGAUGAGCAAGCAUGGAAACCCACGGACAACCACCGAUAAGGUUUGCAAGUUCUUUAUCGAGGCUGUGGAGAACCAGAAGUAUGGUUGGUUCUGGGUCUGUCCGAAUGGUGGUGAUAAGUGCAUGUACAAGCACAGCUUGCCUCCAGGAUUCAUUCUCAAGACCAAGGAGCAGAAGGCGGCCGAGAAGGCACUCAUGGACAAGUCGCCGCUUAACACCCUCACUUUGGAAGACUGGUUGGAGUCCGAGAGGCAUCUGUUGACCGGUAAACUGACACCAGUCAACCCGGAAACCUUCGCCAAGUGGAAGACGGAGCGUUUGAGCAAGAAGGCCGCCGAGGAGCAAGCACAGAAGGCCAAGGAGGCUACUGGUCGUUCGUUGUUCGAGGCUGGUGACUGGAAGAACGAGGAGAGCAGUGAUGAAGAGUCGGAUGAUGACGACGACGGUUUCAAUCUGGAUGCGCUGCGUGAAGAGACUGAGAAGCUACGUGAGCAAAAGGAAGAGGAGCGGAUGGGCAAGCUUUCUGGGAUUCCCGGAAUUGAAGUUCCUACUGCGGGCUGA